ACUGGAGCGACAGUACGGUCCUGCACGAAGUUCUCCGAGCACAGUCGAGAACGGCCGAACUUGGUGGAGGCCCGUAGCCAUGUGUUGCGGUCUGCCGUGAGUGCUUUCUGACAAGGGAGGUGCGGUGUCUGCGUUUUUUCUUUACUCGUCACAGACUAGAAUACUGCGAUUUUUCGUGCAGCCCGACGAGCUAAGCGUGGCCAAAGUGUCGUGGGAUCGCGUCGACGAGACUCGGGUGUGCCUGAACGCGAGCAAAGUUCGACAUUUGGUAAAGAAAGUGUGUGUAUUUCUCGCGGCGUCGGCCGAACGAGACGACGAAGAAGGAGCUGCUGCCUCGUCUCUCGAUGUGUACACGAGUCUACGGUCGAGGUGUCUCUGUGAGAGUGCGCGAUCGAAACGUACAGCACCGAUCCGGACCAGUUAAACACCGGUAGGACGUACGCAGUACGCCAAGUCCGAAACAGAACCAUCGAGUGGAAACGAUGAAAGAGAGAGUGCGCAUGAUAAUCGUAUCCUCGAUAGCUGCCGGAUAGAGACGCGCAGGGUGCUGCGUGCGAACAUCUUUCUCAUUCUCGCUGUGUCUCUCUCUCUCGCUCCUUCGCACGUACCUUUUCCAUCCUUCUGUUCGCGUCUUUCUCGAUACCUCUGCCUCUGGCUUGCGUGUGUAUGCGUGUCUGUGUCGGGACGAGCGACGCGAGCAAACGAACAAACGAACGAGUGCGCACGGGCAUGCUCGUUUCUGUGUUGGUACUAGCAUCAUCCCGUUCCGUCGUGUUUUGUAUAUUCCGCUCGUACCGAGUGUCGCCUGGACGUAUCAGGAUUAUCGUGAAUACGCCUCGUUAAUUACGCGUCGCGAGCUUCGUGAAUUUGCGAGGACGAUAUCGUUCGUUUCCCGUGCGGCUAUUGGAUCUAUCAGGAGCUCGGAUCUCAUUCCUCGUUGCUCGCGUUCAGAGGGAACUCGGACAGUGUACGCGUUACACUUCGUACUCCGUAAAGGUGCCGCGGUACCCGUUCCUAUGUUGUGUACUCGAGAUUGCCCAGUGCUACGAAAAGUGUGAUGUGCCUCGCGAUUAGCCCGCGUUGAAGUAUAAAGCGGAUCUCAAAGAUAAAGUACAACGCCGUAGGAAGGAGAAGGAUGUGGUGUGCGCGAUGUGGGAAAGAGACAGAAAGGUGAAAUGAGAGAGUGAGAGUGAAGGUGGGCAAGCAGCUUAACCACACCGAAAAAGAAAAAAUACAACGUCGCGCGCAGAUAAUCGACUCGUAUAUCCGAUCGAAUCUAUGGGAUGUAUGGUGUUGCAAGGUGUAUUUAAAUGCUCGUUCGUUCUUCCGCGAGUAUAGUGCGUGCGCAUACAUAUGAACGUGCGAACAGAGUCGUGAGGUGAAUUAUGCAGCGUGUCGCGAGGCACUCGACAUCCCCAGAGAAUUGGUCAUCUUUCUUGGAACUUGGAUUACUUUACAGGAUACGCUACCGUGGAUGAAUCCGUGCAUACGCCCGAUGAACGGAUACCAUCGAUAGAAGGGGAAAUACUUUGAGGAACGCUGGAUUCGGUCGGCGUGUGUACUUCUAGUCGCUGAUACGCGCGCACAAUGGUCGAAACUACGGCGACGAGCAGAGGUACCGUCGUCGUUUUAGCGUCAAGUCGGAAGGAGAAACCGCGUUUGGUGGCUGGCGCUUCGUGAAAGGACCGAGGGAGGAUCUAGGAGACGGAAUCACGGAAUUGCUAUGUUGGUCUCGCUCCCAGGGAAGCAUCACGUGGAUAUCUAGAAAGGAAUCGGUGAUUGGCAGUGCGCGAGUGUCCGCGGAAGGGUUGGCAACGACGAACGACGAGAAACGGUAGUGAUCGGUGGUGCAAAAGGUGUCGUCGAGCGGACAGAAGAAGAAGACGAAAAGACGGAGGCGUCGGAGGAGGAAGAGGAGGCGGAGACACGACGAUAUAAGGAACUGGAUCGCGGCUCAGCUCGAGGCGGAACAGUAGAGGAUACGAGUGGAAGAGGUACGCGCGUUGGCGGAAGUCGAGGGAAGGAUCGGUCCCGAUAGCAAAGAAAAAGGGCGGAUUUCCAGGAUUCUAUCGCGAAUAUAUCGUCGGUGGAGGGCAGCCGCGAGACAGUAAGUGAUGUGUUCGAUGGACGAGGCGCGUCUCGCGGGCGGUGGUCGGGGUAAAACGGACGCGUGUCGCGCGUGGUGCGAUUGCUUGAAAUCGGUGAGAACAGGCGGGAAGUCGGUGAUCAGGCUGGCGGGCGCCGGGGAAACGUUUCAAAGGGCAUGGCGACCACGCCACUAGGCGGUCGCCUCCCUAACGUAAACCGCAAAGGACCAUCUCCGUUCGUCGGUGGUGGUGGUGGCAACAGCGUUAAUUACGGUAACGGCAACAACAGUAACAGCGGCAACAGCGGCGGCAACAACAACACCGGCGGCAGCAGCAGCCAUAACAACAACAAUAAUCACAGCAGCAAGAACAACAAUCACAACAACAACAACAACAACAACAACAACAACGUUGGCCAUCGUAACAACAACGUAAGCGGUGGAAACAACGAGAACCGGCCUGUCGACGGCUGCGUGAAAGCCGGCGCGAUCGAGUGCAGCGGUAACAACAACAGCAAGCACGGUAACGAUCUCGGUAAUAACAGCAGCGGUAGCAACAACAGUAACAACAAUAAUCAGAGCAACGGCAGCGGCAAGCACAACGGCGGACAAGUCGGUGGUAACGAGGGUGGAGGAGGAGGAGGUGGUGGGGCUCGACAGACGUCGAGGAAGCAGGAACGCGGGCAACUAGGAAGGGAACAUCGCGAGCAUCGGCAUCAUCACCAUCACCAUCAUCAUCACCACCAUCAUCACCAUCAUCAUCACCAUCAAGGUCGGGACAGGUCCUCGUCGUCGUCGUCGUCGUCGUCGUCAUCGGGUCGGCAGCGCGAUACUAAAUCAAGCACGGUGGCUGCAAACACCGAUGAGCUGGAUCCGGCCGCGACGAAUGCGACCAACAACUUUGAGUACGACGACAACGAAUGGGACAUCGGAAUAGGGGAUUUGAUAAUCGACCUUGAUGCGGACAUUGAGAAGACGAGGGACGAGAAAUUGAGCUCAGGGACAGGCAUGGCUUCUACGCCUGCCUCGGCAGCAUCGGCUUCGAAUACCACGAAUCAUCAUCACCAUCAUCACCAUCAUCAGCUUCAAAAUUCCGCGAACGGUUUAAGCUCCUCGAACUUGUCUUCGUCGGUCGCGUCAGCUGGUCCGAACGGUUGCGGACAAUCGUCCAACUCGUCGUCGUCGUUGUCUUCGUCUUCGUCAUCGUCUUCGUCGUCGUCGUCCUCCUCGUCCUCAUCUUCGUCGACGUCCUCCACGUCGUCUUCCUGCUGCCUGAACUCGUCCGGACGUUCAAACAGCCCCGGGAACGGGAACGGAAGCGUUGUAAGUAGCGCCGGUGGUAACGGUACCGGGAACGCGAACGGUUCCUCGUCGAUCGUUACGGGGACGGGUAACAAACAGAGCAACGCCGUCGUGGGUGGCGUUAACGCCGCGCACGGGAAUCCCGGUAAUCCCGGCAAAAUGGCCGUAGAACACUCGGCCACCGUCGACAAAGGCCUCAAAAUGAAGAUCAAACGUACGAAACCGGGCACCAAGAGCAGCGAGGCCAAACACGAGAUCGUUAAGUCGAACGAAAUGAACGGGACGGUGUCGUCGCAAGAGUCCGGUAACGGAGGCGGUAUGGUUACCUCGAGCGGUUCCUCGUCCGCCACGGGGGGCUCGAAUUCCGCGUCGAGCGGCUCGGGGAUCGGACAGAACGCUCAAAACACGGAUUGCACCGCGGGAACUGGUGGCAGCGGUGGUGGUGUUGGUGUCGGUGGUAGUGGUAGUAGCGUCGGCGGUGGGAUUGGCGGCGGCGGUUCCGGUGGUUGCGGUACCGGUGCCGGUAGCGGCGGAACCGGCGGCGUCGGCGGUCCCGGACCCGGCGGCGGCGUACCCGGUGGUGUUGGAAGUGCUGGUGGUAGUGGCAGUGGUGCCGGUGGUCAGUCCUCGUCAUCGAACAAAUCGAAACCGAGUCAUUCGACGGGUUCCGCCGGCGGGACCGGAAGCGCGACCUCUUCGACCGCUGGCUCCAAGAGGGGUUCGAGCGGACAUCGUCGGGACAAGGCGAGGGACAAGCACGAGAAACCCCAGAGCAACCACGCGUCGCAGCAGCAGAACAAACCGGAAAUGAAUGGAACAGCGCGACCUAGCGGCGCUGGCGCUACCAGCGGACAAAGUCAAACCUCGAGCGGACCAGGACCAGGCCCAGGACCAGGGCCAGGACCUGGAUUUGGCGCUGGGAGCGGAGCAGGGGCGGCCGCGCAAUCUCAGGGACCGACGGCGGCCGCGACCGCCCCCCAACAGAGUCAGGGACCACCGCCCAGCUCGAGGACAGGAUUCUCCGUUUCUCAGGGGCCCAAUCCGCCGUCCAGCUCAGCUGCGGCACCCUGUCCGCCCCCAAGUCCGGCUAGCGCCACCGCCGUCGGACCGGCCGCGAAACCCGAGCAAACCAAACUCGCCGCGGUACCCGGUAACGGACCUGCGAUCACCACGACGACAGACGACGCUAUGGAUACCGCGGCCAGUCCUCCGCCUCCCAAGAAACUGAAGACUUCCGCUUCCGAACCAAAGGACAUGUCCGACGUGUGCGUUGGGACCAGCGUGGGGACCAUAACCGAGCCAGAAUGUUUAGGACCUUGCGAGCCCGGUACGUCCGUGACUCUCGAGGGGAUCGUUUGGCACGAAACCGAAGGAGGUGUGCUGGUGGUGAACGUAACGUGGCGAGGGAAGACGUACGUGGGCACGUUGCUGGAUUGCACCCGUCACGACUGGGCGCCGCCGAGGUUCUGCGACUCCCCGACGAGCGAUCUAGACGCUCGGACGCCGAAAGGACGCGGCAAGCGCGGCCGAGCAGCGGCGAACGCUACUCCUGGCAACGACUUGAGUAACUUCACGGAAACGAGGAGCUCGGUGCACAGCAAGUUGAGGAACGGAGGAGCGAAAGGACGCCGCGGAGCCCAAGGUUCGCCCGCGGCGAGUCCAAGUCCCGCAGCGUUCGUCCCUCCGCGGCCAGAUCCAGCAGCGAAGCGGAAAUCCCGUGGUCCGGAAGAGGAGGACAAGAACAAGAGACGCGCCCCGCCGCCGACGCCCCCGAGCGGAUCCCCGCCGGCGAGUCCGGUGUUUCUCGAGUGUCCGGAACCGAAUUGCAACAAAAAGUACAAACACAUCAACGGACUGAAGUACCAUCAGAGCCACGCGCACGGCUCCGCGGACGACGACGAUACGAAGGAAGGUAUCACGAGCAUGUCCGAGAACGACGAGAGCAACAUCGAGGCACCUAGUCCGGCGACGCCGGUCAAGUCGCCGGCAGACAAACCCGAGGGGACGCCUCUCAGGUCAGCCAGCCCCCAGACGACCAAUCUACCACCCGAGACGCCUCCUCCGCCUUCGAGGGUCGCGUCGCCAGGGAUAGAACCCACAGCGACUGUUCUCGCCUCCGACAAGAGCAUCGUGAAACCAGGCGUGCUCAGAUUCGGACAGGAAGACCUGCCCGCUCCGCCGUCGUCGAUGCCCACCUCUGCGAGGCAACAGUCUGUGCAGCAGCAGCAGCAGCAGCAGCAACAGCAACAGCAACAACAACAGAAUCAAUCUUCGUUGAGCUGUUCAAACUCGCCGCAGUGCCCAAGCCCUCGACCCAGUCAGUCGCCGAGGCCUGUCCCGUCGCCUCAUCCGAGCGCUGGCAUCCCCCAGCCGUUGAACAUCCCCCAACCGCCUCAGCCGUCCCAAAUGUCGCAGCACCAACAACAGAACCCCCUUUUGCAACAGAGCCAACAGGCGUUGCAAUCCGGGCAGCCGUCGUCCGCGCAGCAGCUUCAGUCGAGCCAACAAUCUCAGCAGCUGCAAUCGGCCGUUCAGCAACAACAGCAGCAGCUUUCGUCCGCGCAUCAGCUCUCUGUGCAACACUCGCUGUCGGCGCAGCUCGGUCAACCGACGCCUGCCCACGUGGUACAGCAGCCCGGAUUGCAGCAGCAACAGCAGCCCACGGGCUUGCAGAGUAUCGCCAGCCAACAUCCGGGUCUUCAAGGGCUUGGCGGUCAGGUGUCGCAGCAGGCAACGGGUUUGCAAGCGGCGCCGCCUCCGCAACCCGGCCAUCCCAGCCAGGGUGUGCAAUCGCAUUUACAGCCGUACCAGAGCGUCUCGUUGCACGCGAAAAUGCCGCAGUUCAAGGUUAAACCUACGGCAGCCCUCAUGCCCGAGCAGGACAAGAGCAAAGAUCCGCGAGCGUCGAAGCCGCAGGGUUACAAGAAGAAGUCGAGAAAAUCGCCCGGUGGCAGCCCUCAUCCGUCGCCGUUGGAGGCGCCCAUCGUCGACUCCGCCAGGGAGGACGUUCAGAGUCCCGCCUAUUCGGACAUAUCCGACGACGCCGCGCCCGUCCUUGAGGCGGAGCCUACCGACAAGUCCAAACAGAGCCAAGAGAAAGAUGGCAAGGCUACCGCGGCUGCUCAUCUACCGGCUCAUUUCAGCAUGUACCCUUACUACGGACAACCGCCUUACCUGGUGCCGAGCGUUCAAGAGAGCAAGCCUGUCGAUCAGAAGCCCACCGAUCUCGUCCCGAAGCAAGAGAUGAAGCCGCUGAAUAUACCGCAGAUGCCGACGAUGGCCAGCUUGCAGAGCGUGGUGGCGGAGAAGGAGAAGAAGGAGCUGAGUCAAUCGGUGCCGCAACCGCAGCAGCAACCCCAUUAUUACGGUGGUUACGGUGGUUACAUGCCGCCGGGUUAUCCGUAUCAACCACCGCAGUCGGUUUCGCAGCAACAACAACAACAGCAGCAGCAACAACAACAGCAGAACCAGCAGGCGCAGGAGCAAGAAAUGCACGAGCAAAAGCCGAAGAUCAAGCAAGAGCCGCAGUCGCAGCAGGUCAGCUUGAAGGACAAGCAGCACGAGAAUCACCAGAUAUUGAAGGAGAGCAUCGAGAUGAAGAGUCAGAUGAGCCCGUACCACGUUUACCAUAGUUCUCAGAGUCAAAGGGCGGCGCCACCGCCGCCGCCACCCGGUCCGAUGCAGGACGAUCGAAGGUAUUACCUGUAUCCUGGCGAUCAGAGGCGAAAGGAAGAGUCGAGCAAGCAGAGUCAGCAAGCGAAACCGCCGCCACCGAGUCCGAAGCAUCAGCCGAAGCAGGAGAAGCCGCAAGAUCUUGGAAAGAACGAGGAUUCGAAGAUCAAGCAGGAGGGCGUCAAGCCUACGAUGGAGACUCAGGGCCCGCCGCCGCCUACAUCGCAAUACGCCUACAUUCAUCCGAGUUACAUGCAGCCGCAGCACUACGGCGCGCUGCCGUUCGACCCUAGCCAUCCCGUUUAUCGGGGACUCAGUCCGAUGCUGGUCCCUGGACCGUACUCCGGUAAUCCGUACCUCCAUCAGCUGCCGAGGUAUCACGCGCCGGAGGAUCUGAGCAGGCCACCCGCAGGGAAAGCCUUGGAUCUGCUUCAGCACCAUGCCAAUCAGUAUUAUUCGGCGCACAAGAUACACGAGCUCCAGGAGCGUGCGCUCAAGUCCCCGACCCCGAAAACGUCCGCGGCCUCGGCGAGUCCGUCGUCGGCAGGGCCCACGCCUUCGCGACCACCUAGCGGGCCUCCUAGCUCGGUAGGAGGCGCGGGAGGAGGCGCAGGCCCAGGUCCACCGCAGCAACAAGGUCAGCAGUCCGCCAGCAAGCAGCAGAAUCAACCCGGUGGCCAGCAGCCUCAGCAACAGUCGCCCGUCGACGCUGGGACCGGGACCUUGCCGAAAGACAAUAGAUCGCCGCCUCCCCAACGACACGUGCAUACCCAUCAUCACACGCAUGUGGGCCUAGGCUAUCCCCUCCUCACCGGACAAUACCCCGCUCCUUACGGAGCGGCAAUGCUGGCGAGUCAGCAGGCCGCCGCGGUAGCCGCAUCGGUGAUCUCGCCAUUUCCGCCCAAGUGACCCGCGGCCCCCGGUCCCGUACUAGCUGCCGGAACGACCGGACCUACCUCCGCACAAACUCACCACACGCCUCAUCAUCCGCCGUCGGUCAGCGCCGCGACCGCUGCGGGACAUCCGCACUCUGCCUCCGGUGGCAGGCAAUCCUAGGAUGGCAGAGCAAGCGAUGCUACUAAUUCGAGCCUGCUACCUCUUCGUUAACGCAUCCACGACGCUCGAUGGCCAUCGCCCACCCAUCUGUCAACGUUCGCCAGCCUACGAGUGUUACCGGCCUUCAGCCCUAGCCUGCCUGGACAAGCGUCUUCGACCACAGAUUCCUUCGUCUCGCGAUCAGGACACAAAGCAGAACGACGCGUUAGCAAUCGACGAGAAUCAGAGACGGGCAAGAUUUUUAUGUAUAAGAAAAUAUCGAAUAACGAGUCAAAGACAGGCUCCCUUUCGUCGGGCACUUGGUAAAUGGUAUUUAGGAUUCGAGCGAGUAACGAAAUAUUCGAAACAAAUCAAAACUUAAUCGUUCUGUGUAUCUCGGUUGAUCAACAUUUUGCCCAUCUCUGAACGAAACGAGACUCCAAGAAGCGUGAGGAAAAAGACUCGCCCAAUCGUUUCCACGAUCCUUAGUAAUAGGUAAAAGAGGAGGGUUUCCGUGUGCAAAGAUGGCGCCAGGACUAUGCCAGAUUAAUACUAGUUUAUGUUCCUCCAAUUGUUUUAAAGCGAUAUAGAAUUUUUGGAUCAAAUUAACCGUAUUCGUUAGAUUCUCCUAAGAAGCAUGUACUUUCAAUUCAAUCUCCACCAAACACUUUUCUCAAUGAUCACUUUCAUUUCCGUUUAAAUUACAGUAUACCUGCCCUGGCGUCAAUGAUCUUUACAUGUGACAACUCUGCGUAACUCUAGGUGCCCUCUUGAGAAUUCUACUCUCAACAGUCGCUAUUAAAUGAUAUGCCUGAUGUCGGCUAGAGAGUCUUGCUCUUGAGAGUCUCUGUCAAGAGUGGGACAAUCUGGUAGACAUAGCAUUCAGAGUAAAGAUUCUUUCACACGAGUGACGAGGUAACUUCCAAUGUACCGCCUAGGAAGCAGCGUUGGGCAAAACGCGAUCGACGAUCGUGAUUAACGAUUAACGAAUCAGCAAUCAUGGUCGAUGAUCAAGACACGACUGGCCCUGAAGAAAAUUACAAAUCGCUGAUUUAUGAUCACCGAUUAAUCUGACGCUAUUAAUCUGAUAAGGGAUUACUAUAAUACCACUGGUGAUCAGUGCCCAACUCUGCUAGGACCGGAGAUCUUCGCCCGCGCCACGAACCAAUUAAAUUCUUCUCGAAGCAACGUUUUUAUCGCACGUAGAAACUUAGGUGAGCGUGUGGGAAUGGGAAAACGACGCGGAGGAUGAACAGGAAACAAACGUGUGCGUGUGUGUAUGUUUGCGUGCGCGUGCGUGUGUGCGCGUGUCUCGCUCGCGUGUGUAACGGUGACAUUAUAGAUCGUUGUAUUUUAUUGUAAAAAGUGAAAAAAUUGCGUGAUACCGCAAGACUCGACUUUUUUCUAGAGAAAUUAUGUGUGUAUGCGUAAGAAACACCACGGACGGACGACACGAUUCUUAGAGACAAUUUCAUUGCCUAUCCGUGUACGUGUCGGUAACGAUAUCAAAGCAAAAAUAUUUAAAAACGAAAAAAAAUGAAAAAAAGAGUAAAGAGAAGAAAACGAAGUGGGGGAGAGUAAGGGAGAGAGACUAAAAAAAAAAAUAUGGAGGUACUUGUCUCGUAGGACAAUGUAAGCGAGAAAGGAAAAUCAGGAUUCUAAAUAACGAUUAAACGCGGCGGUAGGUAAUUGUACAUUGAAUACGCUAGAAUGCUAUUUGUUUACUAAAAAUAACAGUAGGUAGUGGUGUGCGAAUAUAGCCGAGAGAAAGAGAGA